GUCGCCCGCAAGAGUUGGGCAGAGAGAGAGAGAGCGGUCGAGGGGGGCCCAGAGUUCAAUCUGCGCAGGGCGAUUUGCAAAGCGGAUCGCUCGCUGCCGAGCACCCUUGAAGGGAUAUACGACAGCGCCGAAUCCGACAAGGCGCCCAGUGGCGAGGCGGAGGCCGCCGGCAAGGCGGCUGGCGCGGCCGCGCCCAGCCGCGAGAGCGCGGGCAAGGGCGGCUGGGAAGCCGCCCACAAGGGUAGCUCCUCAAGCGGCCACGGCGUCUGGAAGCGCCCCCAGAGGGGCAACUGGGGGUGGAACGACAACUGCCGGCAGCCGAACGUGCCCCCGCGGCCGGCGAAGAAGGCUCGCGGCUCGGGCCCGUAG